AUGGCUGAAGUUCUGGGUUUGUUAUCCAGCAUCGCUACCUUAGUAGAACUCUCCGCAAAAAUCGCUGGUCUGAGCUACAGCUACGCUCGUGAGGUCAAAAAUGCACCAAAAACACAGAAGCAAUAUCUUCAGGAAGUCUCCGCCCUGAUUGAGGUUCUAUACCGCGUCGAGCAGGCUGUUGCAGAGUCGGAGACCGGCUCGGCCUCCCAGCCUGAACGAAGAUGCAAAUUUCGAGCGCUUUUCACAGAUUAUUUAUCCUCUUGCAUACUUGUUACUACGACCUCGACGUACAAAAAGGUCUCAUUAGUACACCAUGAGCAAGACCGGAAUCUGUUGUUAACGUGGAUUCCCAAGCCAAACAUCCCACUACGACAAAAGCCAUCUCCUUGCCCGGGAACAGGGGAUUGGUUUCUAGACAGUGUUGCUGUUCAGAAAUGGCUUAGCAGGCCAACGGAGCUUCUGUGGUGCCAUGGACCGCCUGGAGUGGGAAAGAGCUUUCUCGCCUCUGUGAUGAUCGACCAUCUGUUGAAAGAACGAAAACAAAGCUCCCUUGUAAUAUACUUCUUUUGCGAUUUCUCUUCACAAAAUCAAGUGAAAACGAUAGAUAUCCUCCACUACCUACUUCGGCAGAUUAUUGAUCAAGCAAGUGGAGAAAUGUUAUCUACAUUCAAAGCUUCAUGUGGUGACCCGAACACUUUGCAAACCACAACACAAGUGGUGGAAUUAAUCGCUUUGGCCGCGUCGGGGCAACCAAUUUACUUGGUGUUGGAUGGCCUCGAUGAGCUGAAGACACCAAAUGAACUCCUUUGGCAUAUUCUUGAACUCGUGAAGUCAGAUAUCCACAUAUUGAUCACUAGUAGAGAUCUACCACAGAUUCGAAAGAAGAUGAACACAGCUAUUCAGCUUGAUAUCGAACCUACAGAGUCUGAUCUAAGACUUUAUGUCACCAGUCGACUGCAGGAAAGUGACUUUGCUGAGGAAGUGACUAAGGACAGCAGUCUAAUCGAUGACAUUCUGUCCAAAACUGGAAACAUAUUUCUUCUCUCCCGCUUACUUCUGGAUGAAUUGCUGGACCUUGUGACUUUUCAUCAAAUACGCAAGGCGCUUCAGAGACCACCACAAGGUCUACAGCAAGGUCUCGAAGCCACACUACAACGGAUAGAUGCUCAGCCACGGGCACGGAAAAGGCUCGCUCGACGCCUUCUUGGCUGGAUUACGAUUGCGGAGCGAAGACUACAGUUGGAUGAAAUCGUUACUGCAUUCGCCGUCGAAGACGGCGAGGAACUGCAUCCUGAUAAUAUGCCGAGCCCUAUUAUCCUCCUUCAGGUGUGUGCCGGGCUGGUCGUCCUCAAUAAACAUGACAACACACUCGGUUUGGUUCAUGCUUUUGCGCACGAAGUCCUCCAUGUUUCGUUGCCAGAAAAGGAAAUUCAUCUUGACAUGGCUCGCACAUGUCUUCGGUAUCUUUCGUUGAAGCCCCUAGUGGCGGGACCCUGUACAAGCUCGACGGAAAUGAUUAAGCGAUUCGAGUCGUUAGCUUUUUUGGAAUACUCUUCCAAAUACUGGGGACAGCACGCCGUUUUGGGAGAUUGUGAAGAAGGUUUGGAACCACUAAUCAUGAACCUUCUGGACAAUCCGCGACUCAGAAAUAGUGCAUUUCAGGCACUAGAAUUUCGCCAGGAGUUCGCCAAAACAGGGGUUGCAGAAGAAUUGUUUCAAUCACUACCAACAAACCACGAGGCGCUGCAUCUAGCGGCUUAUUGGGAUUUGACUCACAUUGCUGGCAGAAUUCUGGAAGCUGGUGCUCCUCCCUCCCCGCUGGACUCGCAUAAAUGGACACCUCUUCAUUGGGCAUGCGCUAACAACAAGUUCGCCGUGGCGGAGCUCCUCAUAAAUAGUAGAGCAAACGUUAAUGCCCAGGACAUCCAAGGAUGGAGUCCUUUGUUCUGGGGCGCAUUUAUAGGGAACAUUCGCAUGGUGCGUCUUCUACUUUCGAAUGGCGCGAACCAUCUCGUUCGAAGUACGCUGGGAUGGACGGCUUUGCACUGGGCCAUUUCAGGCGGGCAUACGGAGAUAGUGAAGGAACUUCUUGAUCACCAUUCUCAGUCAAAGUCGGCCGAACCGGCAUUUCAUAAAAUGACCAUGAAACAAAUUGACUCAUACGCCAAUGCAACCCUUCCAGUGGAUGUAGCUUCUGGGGGUCAGGAUGCAGAUAUCUUUACGCUACUGAUCGACCAUCUUCAGACUCCUGGGGGAAUGAUAACAGAUACCAAGUUCAACAUGAUUUGGGAACAUGAACGUUUUGACGUCCCAGUAUCGCUUAACCCAUGGAGAACUAUGACGAAGGGUGAACGCAUUAAUGGACGAGAGUCAAAUAUACCGAGAUUCACCGGAAAUUAUGCGGACAAGUCGGAGGAGUGGCGAUCUGACCCUAAGAAAUGGAAGUCUGUCCUCCUUCUGUCGGCCAUUCGCGACCAGCAACUGUCAUCAGUAGAACUUUUAGUCAAAGCAGGAGCGGAUGUCGACUAUGAAAGUGCACUGUGUGUUGCGGCCUGUCGCCAAGAUCCCCGAUAUGUGCAAUGCUUAUUGAAAAAUGGCGCAGAUCCAAAUAUCAAGAACAAAUUUGGACGAACUGCGUUGCAUGAAGCCGUCAUGAAUGGCUUUAUGGAGACCAUCGCUGCGCUUCUCGAUGGAGGGGCAGAUAUAGACGAGUCUGUGACGCAGAUCUCCGGAUAUCGCAUGAAGGAUAGUAAAAAUGAAAUUUGGCUGGCCGGCUACACACUCAAACUCAGCGAGAAUGGAUCAACAGUAUUAAUACAGGCCGGUGGUUUUUACCAGCCAAUAAGUGCAAUAUAUAAACAGCGAAACUCUGAAUUGGCCACGCGGAUUACCCAACUGUUGCUCUCUAGAGGGGCGAGUGCGCGCCUAAAGGAUCUGUCCGGGAGGACUGCGCUUCAUUAUUCUAUGCUUCGACCUCACCUACCACUGAUCAGAUUGCUGAUUGAAGCCGGAUGUCCAGUUGAUGCAGUGGAUUGCAAUGGUAGUACACCGUUGCACCUGCUAGCAUUGCGCAGGGAAGAAGUCCUCGACAUGCAUGAAUUAAAAGAAACGGUGCAACUUCUCUUGAAUGGAAAAUUUGAAAAUCAGCAGAGAAAUAUAUUAGACCAGCCUGUUCGUGCAACAUCUGCCGGCGAUGGUGAACCUGACAGUAAGAGGGGAAACAACUCAGUAUUAUACAAGACAAUCGUCAGAGAAGAAAUUAUAGGACAGUAUACGCAGAUUAAAACGGUUAAAGGAUUCGAUGAAGGGCUAACCCCACUGACCAUGGCAUUGCAAGCUGGUAGAUGGGAACUGGUUCAAGUUUUAUUGGAACUUGGGGCUACAUUUCCAGCAGAGUUUGAUCUAACUCCUAUUCUCGAUCUUGCCAUCCAGAGUGUUGAGCCGAGCAUUACAAGUCUUCUUCUCCACCACGGAGCACAUCCUUCGCCAUGUGCGAUUAUCAUCCUGGCCAAGUCAUUUGUAACUCGAACAACGGACGCAAAAACCCUGGAAGAAAAAGAUACCAUCGCUAAAAAUUUCAAAACUAUUCUGAAGAAACUUGUUUCAGCUGGUGCAGAUAUCAAUUUUUGCCAAAAUGAGGAAAGUCCCAUGACACUCGUAGCAAAGAAUGGUGGCUCAGAAUCUGUUUUGAAUGCUUUCCUUAAUUGUGGCGCAGAUUUCUACACACCAUCAUCUAAGACUUUUGAUCCCAUUCUCACUUCAGCACUUUUCGGCGAGGCGAAGGACAUCGCCUUUCUCUUGGACUACGCUGUGGCACAUCCGAAAGAGGAUCAUUGGUCAAAGCAUUUGAUUAAAGUUUCUAAUGAGACUGAUUAUAUCAUGCGCUUGUGUCUAUGUCUACAGAAGGCAGAUGCAAUAAAUUGUACGAACAAUGAUGGCCACACUCUAUUGCAUCUUGCUGCUGAGCAAGGUCAUAUCGCCCUGGUGACUGCACUUGUUUCAUGUGGUGCCAAGAUCGACAUUGCAGAUGAUAAAGGAUGGCUUGCCAUACACUCUGCUGGGUUUGCUAAACAGACCGCUGUGCUGAAGUUCUUGCUUGAACAAAGCACUGUCUUGCCCACUAAGAUGCAGGAAAUCCUUAACAAGGACGACAAUACUUCCAUGAAACAUACUAUGCUCCAGGUUGCCACUAUGGAUGCAAACAGUGAUAUGGUUUCAUUUCUCCUAAGUGUCGGUAUGGAUCCAAAUUCAACAUUUAGAUAUUGGGAAAAAGAAGUACCCCUGCUCGGAUAUGCAGCAGAAUAUGGAUAUGGAGACAUUCUCUCCCUCCUUCUGCAUCACGGCGCCGACGUCGAGAAAGGCGAUGAAUACAGUUGGCGCCCGUUGCACCUAGCCUGCUACAACAGCCAUACUGAGAUUGCCAAAAUCCUAGUCGAAGCAGGAGCGGAUGUACACGCCGCGACUGUGGCCUGGAAUAACCCAAAUACCAAGCCUACGGGGAUUUAUAAGGGUUAUUCCUGGACUGGCAAACCGCUUCACCUCGCUGCCAUGAGUGGUCAAACAGAUAUCAUUAAGCUACUGCUUGAAAAACGUGUCGAUAUUCAUGCUAGCACGGGCGUUGACGCCAACUCUUCCUAUCAUUGUCCCGGGCAUGGUCCUACUGCGCUUCAUCUAGCGCUGGACACGGGUCUGUUUUAUAGUCGUCGCGGGCAAGAGUUGGAUCAUGGGAGGCUUCAGAUUGCGCAGUGGCUCGUUGAAAGAGGUGCAAUGGUGCGAAGUGUUAUCCGCAAAUACUCAUUGCAGGAUAUUCUCAGCUUUCGUGAUUUUCCGGAUCUGUGGGAUGCGCUUGUGGCUGGUGACAGAGAUGAAGAAAGUAACACUUGA